AAUUAAUUGCAUUUGAUAUGAUUGAAGGCAAAGUAAAUACAUGACAAUUAAAUUUAUUGCAUUUGAUAUGAUCGUAUUCAAGCCUCUGGAUAUGAUUGUUCUGUACGAGUCCCUCUGUCCUGAUAGCCAAAAGUACUUACAAAAAUUUUGGCCCGUUUUCCAAGAUUACCAUCAGUGCAUCAAUCUAACGUUGGUGCCCUACGGCAAAGCCACACCCUCACGAAUGGGUCAUGUAUGCCAGCACGGCAGACUUGAGUGCUGGGGAAAUCGAAUGCAUGACUGCGCGAUUCACACCAAUCUGAGUCAAUUGGAUCAAAUGAAAUUUUUAACUUGUCAAAUGCAAGAUCUUCGGCUGGCGAAGAUAAAGGAUUUCAGGUGUGCUCAGUCCCUACACAUCGCGAAAAGUGUCAGAAGUUGCAUGCAGCCAAACGGCAGAGGUCAUAAACUUCAGACCAAAUCCUCAAUUAUCACCAAUCAAUAUGGCUUUAGUGAAAUACCAGCAAUUAUAUACAACGGAGUAUUUAAUGAUAAUCUGCAGACCGUUUCUAGACAAUAUGUGCGACAAACUCUGUGCAAAAUAUUGGUCAAAAGUAAUCAUUUGUCACCCGAAGAUUGUUAA